UGCGACUCGAUCCCUUUUCCAGCCGCCAAGGGUUUGGCAGAGGCAACAACAACAAGAACAACAACAAUAAUAAUAACAACAGCAACAACGCGAAGAUGAACAAUGGAAGUCCGGCCCCGUCGCCGACGCCGCAGAUCCCCACGGCCGGCCAUGUGCCCAACUCUCCGUCGCUCACCUCGAGUCUCUCGGUGGACACCUCUUCCACGUACGACCCCGAUGCUCCCAAGUACUUCUUCCAGGAGAAAUACGCUCCCCUCAAUGUCAAGGGCAACUUCUUGACCUUGUGUGCCUGUCCCAAGAACGUGGAGCUGGGCGAAUGGCUGGCCCAUCAGAUUGUCGAACAAUAUCGCUUGCUCCACGGUAUGCUCCAGGUGAUUCAGGAGGUCAAUAGCCUUAAUGGAUUACCGAUCUGUAACGAGAACACCUGCCCCACCAUGUCGGCCGGCCGUCUGACAUACACCUGGCUGGUGGAUGGUCGUGCCGCCAAGAUCUCGGCCCCCAAGUUUAUCAACCGUGUCGAGAAAUGGAUCGUCAGCAAGAUCCACGACCCGGUCAUGUUCCCCACGGAAAAGGUGACGGGCAUGCCGGAUACCUUUGCGCUGAAUGAAGCAGGAGGCCCCAGCGCCACCUCCGGGGAGGAAUGGAUCGGCAAGUCCAGUGGCUUCCCGCAGACAUUCUACAAGGACUGCCAGGGCAUCAUGAAGCAGAUGUUCCGCUGCUACGCUCACUUGUACCAUGCGCACUGGCUGAACCCUUUCUGGCACAUCAACAAGCAUGACAUUCUCAACAUGUGCUUCGUCCACUUCGUCACGGUGGCCAAGUACUACAAGCUCGUCUCCGACAAGGAGAUGGAGCCGAUGCAACCACUCAUUGACCUGUUCAUCAAGCAGCAGCGGAUCCCGCCCGAGGCCUUGUCAGGAGGCCACUGGGGCCAGCAGCAAGCCUCUAGCUGAGCUGGAGCACAACUGACUAUAUCCUCCUUUCAC